UCCGCUCCGCCGGGCCAUGGCCAGCACCGGCUCCGCGCCCGGGGGCCCGGGCCCGGGCUCGGGCACGGCGCUGCCCACCCGCUUCCAGGAGACGGAGAAGCUGCUGUCGGCGACGGAGGGCCGGGAGGAGAAGGGCCUCCGCGGCUCCAAAUCCUUCACGGCAGCCCUGCCCGGCGAGACGGAGCGCAACGGGCACGGGCUCGGCUACAAGUCGGUGUCGGUCGGGCACCUGGAGGCGCCGCCGCUGUCGCCGUCCCGGCUGAGCCUGGGCAGAGCCUCGUCCACGGCCACCAGCACGGCGGCGCCGGAGCAGGGCCGCCCUCGGGACUACCUGGUGCUCGCCAUCUUCUCCUGCUUCUGCCCCGUCUGGCCCAUCAACAUCGUGGCCCUCGUCUUCUCCAUCAUGUCGAGGAACAGCGGCCAGCAGGGGGACACGGACGGCGCCCGGCGGCUGGGACGCAUGGCCAGGCUGCUCAGCAUCGUCUCCAUCGUGCUGGGCACCAUCAUCAUCGUGCUCUACAUUUCACUCAGCAUCGGAGCUUCCUAGAAGACGUUUCAGCAUGCAAAUACCUUGAAGAGGAGGAAGACAACUUUCCUUUUGGGGUUUUUACUUUCAGCCUUGCAACAAAACAAAACAAAAAUUGUCACAGUGUAGGUGGGCAGCCCUAGACAGUCUGCUCUGGAGCGCCGUCGGGAGGAACGCAUGCGUCAAUUCACCGCCUCCUGGGAAUGAGCCUGGGCCAGGGACGGGAUAAAAAUCACCCUGAGGAGCAAUGGGAGAGGCCACUGAGGAGAGGAGAGGAGAAGGGGGAAAUCCACUACCUCAUUCGUGCAAGAGGAGGAGAGAGUCUCCAGAAGGAAGCUGGUUGUGGAAGGAAAACACAAGGCGAGAACGGGACGUUUCUGAGGAGUCCUCCUGAGAAUUCCGGCACAAGUCACUGGAUUUUUUGGGGGGUUGUUGGUUUUUAAAUCGUCAAAUUCUCUGUCUCUACAAAAAAAACAAAACAAAACAAAACGACAAAAAACAAAGCUCAAACUGCCAUCAGGAGCUGAGAGCUGUUCCAGGGAGGAGGAGGAGGGAGAGCGGAGCUGCAGCAGGACCACGGCUCUGCUCCGAGCGAAACGCAGCCGCCAAAGCUGGAGGAUGUGGUGGGUGCUUUUGUAUUUUUGAUGAAAAAAAAAAGAAAAAAAAAAAAGAAAAAAAAAAAAGAGACAAUGACCAUUUGCAUGCCUUUGGGAAUGUUCUCCAUGUCUGUUCCUACGAGCUCUUUUAUCACUUAGGGCAGAUCUCAGAGCUGGCAGAGGAGGAUGUUGCUGCAUGAGAACCCUGGAUUCCUCCUCACCCCCAUCCCAAGGUGGGCUUUUUAAAGGAAGGCAAAAUCAGGCGUUCCCUGUGAACCCCCACAUUUCUCUGUGCACCCAGAGGGAGGUUGGCACCCCUGGCACUGAGACAAUGAGACAAGAGCCUGGUUGAUGCCCAGCAGCAGCAGCAGGGCAUGGAGAGCCCCCUCCACCCACUCACCCCCGAUGCCACGGCACGCAGAGGCUUCAGCGUGAUCCAGCCCCCAGCACUGCCAGUGCUCACCCCAAAACCCUCUGGGGCUUCAGCUUAGGGCCUUCCAGGAGAUUUCCAGGGGCAGGGAGCAGUUUUAGACUCCUGCUCCUCUCCUUGCACCCCUCACACAGCGUUUCUCACACAGCUCUGAAAAUCUCCGGCGCCCCCGGAGCUGCCUGGGGGCAGUUCCAGGAGCUGUUGUAUUAUUUUUUAAUGUUUUGUAUUUACCACAACGAGAAAACAGACUCUGCUCCUCCCACUCUGUCUGUAGGCACCACAGGCCCUGCCAUGUCUUCCACAGCCCCUGGCUCCCCCAGCCCAUCCCUGUGGCACCCAAUGCCCCUGGAGGCUCCAUCCAGCCCCAGCCCUUCUCCUCGCUGCUGUGGGGCCUCCCUGGGGUUGUUUCUCUACCCACCCACCCACCCAGACUAUGCAAAGCUCCAUUGCCUGUUGUUUCAGCCAGGCUUUGUGACUUCUGGCCACGUCCAUCGGCUCCCUGAGGCUCUUUGAUCCAAACUUUGGGGACACACGACCAAGAGCUGCACUGCCUGACCCUUCUGUUGUGUCACAACCUGAGAGCACGGACUGACUCAGAAAUGCUGCCCUGCAGGGCGUUUCUGCUCCCUAACACUCCAAAUUUAGAGCAAAUUCAAUGCUUCCCUGGCUUGUCUACAUGGAGAAUCCACCAAAGAACCCUCCCAACAUGGGAACUGCUUGGCACUGCCCCCUGCCCUGGGCUCUGAGUGGGCACCUGGCUUAGCACAGGGCAGGGGUGGGUGUAAAUCCACCCUGUAGUUACUCUGUAGUAACUAAUGUGCAAAGCCACAGGCGUCUCUGUGAAAAUUCUCCUGCCACCUUUUCGAUUGCUCCUCUUUCAAGUGUUUUUUCCCUCUAGAUGUUGUUUGAAUCCAGGGGGUGAGGAAGCCAAAUCCCCCAGACACGCUGUCAACAUUUUCCUCUCCACUGCAAGGGAUGCCAGGGGCUCACAGCAAUAGCACAUCACUACAGCACCUUCUUGGGCUCCAUUCCCAUCCACCCCUUUGCCAGCACUCCAUCACAAACUGCUGGCACCUAAAAUGGACCAAAUCUGCAACUUUUCCUUGUGCAAUUUAUCUUUUGUGAGUUCAGCAAACAGGGAGUGCUGAGCAUUGCUGGGUGGGAGCUCCCUCCUCCAUCCUCUGCCCAGGAACUGCCUCUUUUCCUCCUGAGCCCUUCAGAAACCCUCCCUUGGAUGGUCAAAAUUCGUUUUAUGGCUACUGAAACCCCAUCAAACCCCCAAACAGUUCCUUCUUUAUCUCUUGGACUCAAAAGCUGCUUGCUGGGGAACAUGAGGGUUUUUUUUGGAGUUACAUAAGGGCAGUGCUGUCUGUCCCUGAUUCCCUGCCCUCUGCCCCUGGAGCUGCUGGGAUUCAGCUGAUGGGAAGAGCCCAGGAAGCAGGAAGGGCCCCAUUUUCAGGGAAAAGUGCUGGAGGCAGUUCUAGGACUUGAGAGCGCCGAGCGUUUAUUAAGUAAGGGUUUAAAUGCUCUUUUAUCAUUUUAUAAAGCCUUUCAUCUAAAGUGCUUCCCUGCAUCCAAAGGAUCAAACCCUGGCACCCCCCACGAGGGGGGUUCACAUUACUGCUCUAAUUGCAGGGAUGGCAGAAACUCAGGCUCUGAGCAGCUCCCAGACCAACCCCAUUUUCUUCUCUUUUCAUCCUCCUCCUUAGCAGAAACACCUCUGAGCACAGAUUUCCUUGGAACCUGUGUUUUUUUUUUUCAGUGGGAUCCAAACAAAUUGUGGUUCCAAAUGGGAUUCCUGCAGCCAGAUCAGGGAUGGGGUUUGGGAGGCAGCUGCAGUGCUCCAGGCCAGGGCAGCACAGAGCAGUGGAGGCACCAGGAUUCCCCUGGAUGCAGGAGGAGGCAGAAGAUUUCCCCCAAAACCCCAGGGUGAUGAUUUGUUUGUGCCUCCUGUCUCGUUGGACAGCUCAGGUUGAUGCUUCUCACCUCACUGUCAAGUCUAACAAAAGAGAAGAACUAUGACUCUUAAAUCCGUUUCAUUCUAAAAUCUUCCUGAAUAGAUACAACUGUAUUACACCCUUAACUCAGCUUUUGUUUUUUCCUUCUUCUUAUCCUGCAUUUAAAUCCAGAAGAAAGCCCCCUGACAAAAUAUUUACUCUGUUUGUAACCUGCCUCUGCAGUGCUGGAGGAACAAACUCUCCAGGGACACCCCAAAAUCCCUUUCCCUGCUCCCCCACCAACUUCUCCACACAUUUUGCUGCCUCUUUUGCAAAGUUUUGCCACUUUGCUCUCUCCCCAUCCCCCAGCCCAGUUCCCUCUUGGCUCUUUUUGGGUGGAAUUUGCUGAUAUUGGUGAAGGAGGAGCCUGCAGAGCCCUCAGCACUCACCUGAGCAGGGUUACAGCUGAAACAGGCACAAAAUCCUGGCCAAAUUCUCCCCUCUGGUGAAGGAAAGGUGAGAGCAGGGGGACAACCCAGCCCAGGGCAGCUGAGCUGGUGGUAGGAGAGCUCUGAGGGGAUGGAGAAGGAGGGAAAUGUCUCUAAAUGUGGGCUGGAGUGGGAGCCACCAUCGAGUGUCAGCUCCUGGUGGGAUGGAAAUCCAGGGGAAGGGCUGGAAAAAAAUGGAAAUCCAGGGGAAGGAUUAUUAAAAAUGGAGAUCCAGGGGAAGUAUUGUUAAAAAUGGAGAUCCAGGGGAAGGAUUGGAAAGAAUGGAGAUCCAGGGGAAGGAUUGGAAAGAAUGGAGCUGGUGCUGCUGGCACCUCCCUGGGCUUCUGUGCCAGGAUCUGGGGCAGGGCUGGGCUCAUGGGGUGCCACAGAAGAGCUGCUGGCUGCAUCAAGGCUGGGUUGAAGCUUUAAGCUGAACCAGCAAUAAACUUUUCUUGGUUCUGCAGCAGCCUCAGUGACCCAGGGUCAGGGAAGGUCUGGCCUGAGCCAGUGGGGUCACAGCAGCACCAAAGGGAUCUGAGCCCCACCAGGGGAAACAAAGCCACCAAAGGACUUCAAAGUUGGAUGGAUUUGCUUUUUCUGGCUGGUGUUUCACCCUGUUCCAGUUUCCCCUCAUGAUUUUAUCCCCCUGUCCCCUCAGCAUCCCCAUCCCAGAGCUCUCCUGAGCCCCUCAGCUCCUCCUGCCCCUGCUGUCCCUGGGACAGGUCCUGCUGCAAUGGGAUCCCAUCUCUGGGCUCAUCUCUGGGCUCAGGGAGCUCUGACCCCCUCCAGCCCACACAGAUUUCUCCAUGCAGACAAGGGGAGCAGAUCCUGCCUUUUCUAUAAAAUGGAAUCUCAAUUUCUGUUCCCCCCAAGCCCAGGGAGAGGCUGCACCCACCCUUGCCCUGCUUUGUUACCACAGCCAGGGUUGCCCUUCAAGCUGAAAUUAUUCAGAUUUAAGCUUGUUCUCCUUUCAGUACACAGCCUUUAAUUUUUGGCAAAAACCAGUUAGGUUUGGACAGAAGCACUCCCCUGCUUGGGCCCAGUCCCAGGGGGUGUGGGGGGACAGCAGCCUUUUCAAAGUGGGAAUAUUUGUAAAGCAUUUGCUGACACCAGUAGGUAGCAAAAAAAUCCCAAGCUAUAAACACCCAUCCAGGAUAAGAAACAUCAGAAAGGGAACGUGUGCAGGGUUCACCAAGGCAGCCCUGGCACCACCUGGGAGCCCUUGGAAGGUGCCAGGGUUUGAUCCUUGGCAUGGGAAUUGCAGGGUCCAUCCCCCCACUGGGAGAGCCACAGCUCACACACAGCAUGAACACACCAGGAAUUGCAGCUGGGUGUUUCUCUUUGCUGACAAAUGUUUCUUUUUCUGCAGGAUGGUAUGGUAUAUCUUAUAUACUUUCUUUGUAUUUCUUGGCAUGAGAAAAAAAAAAAUUAAAAUGUAACAUGCAUGGUCAAA